AUGACCCGCAAGAACACUCGUAAUACGGUCCUCGCAUCGCGACAACAAUCCGCAAGACGACCUGAAGCGUCAUCGUCUACGGUGAAGAAACGCAGGACUCCGCCGGCAAACGUCUCCGAUUCCUCCCUCACGCCUCUUACCAGCGACGACGGCGAGGAAGGUCCUCAAAGAGCCAGCUUCAACGAGUUCCCGGAUCCUUCAAACCUUUGCGUCGUCCCAGCUCGCGUGUUUUCCGUCGGGGACGCCUCUCGGCUGUCCACCAAAUCCCUACAAUGUCCCAUCAUGCUCGAUCCCUCUGCCAAUCACGCAAGUCGCUUAUCUCCGUCGGGGUCCGCUGCCAGCAUGAUCUCUCCUACUGGAACACGACAUCCCCCCGCCACACGCGAGAGCUCGGAUCAUACAAUGCCUGAUGGGGCAAUCAAGGUUGGCCCUCCAUCGAAGCGACACAUCUUCGUACCAUCGACGCGCUCGACGCAUUCACCACCGCUCAACCGGGAUCUUGCAACAGAAACGCGCAAUCAGACCUCCAACAACGUGUACAUGGAUGUGAACGGUAUGGGCUCGUCAUCGCAGGACAGUCUUGACUUCAAACCCGUCAAGAAAUGUCCAUCGCGUAAGCGCAAGAGCCUCCAGAGCCCCAAUUACUUGGAGCGCAAGCGCCCACGCUACCUUCCAUCGACGACAAGACAAUCGCAGCCCGGUCGUCCCGCAAACUUCCUAGUUCCCUCACGACCACCAGCUAUGAGGGUCAAUAACCUGCCCAUUGAUCGAACACUUGACGAUUCAGGACCGCAGUCGGAAGAGGAGCGGCCGUUGCCAAAGAGAACAGCUGUUUUGCAGGGAUCCGAAUUGUUCUGGAUCGAGCCAUCCAUGAUUCGAAGCUUAGACAGGGUGUAUGAUCCUUUGAUCAGGACUUUACUGCUACCUACCGAAGCCGCAGGCGACGCACCAUCUAUGACCACCGACGAGAUGUGCAUCGAAUCACUAUCGGAGCAGGCACGUUUCCGCUCCCGUGCCCUCCGUCGCUUCCACCCUUGGGACGGUCUUGGUUAUCGCUUUUGCCCGCUUGGCUUCCCUUGCUGGGAUCUAGCGCUGGGUACCGUCGCGUCUGAAAUCGAGUCCAACCCCGCUGUGGUCUUGCGUGGUGGACAUUUCUGGGCCCCUGACCCGUAUCUCCUCUUUGAGGAAUUCGACACCGGUGCCGCAACUGCGACACUUAAUUAUAUGCGUCUCCACCCGGCGCUCUUCAAUGCAUUCAAGCGCGUUUCCGCCGCUAAGACGGCCCUCGACAUCACGGAGGACGCUGAAGCAAGCGGGAGUACGUGCUUAUCUGGCAGGCUGUGGAAGCACUGGAUCUUAGGCCCCGACAUCUCAGCCGUCCUAUCCCCGGACGUCCGGCAAGCAAAGCUGCCGCGGAAGAUCAACGAAGUCACGAAAAUUCUUCGCAUGAGGGCGUCGAUUGGACUGUCGAACGAGCUCUUGUUUGACGACGCGCCGCAACGCCAUACGCAUCCCCAAGCUUUUCAUCCGAACGUGUUAGCUUGGUGGAACGAACCCCUGGAGCCGUUGUUCAUCCAGAAUCCCACAGUCAUGGCAUUCAUUCUUUUUGAGCUAUGCAAUGUUCAUUUUGCGCUGGAGUUCCGCUCACUCGAUGCGAAAUUGACCAAGCAAAACCCCUGUGACCGAAUCCUUUUCAUCAUUCCUUUCCUCGGCGACACCCUCGGGAUUCCGGUUUCUGCUCCGCGUGCCGAAUCCGCUUGGGAUUUUUCAAGUGGACUGGACGGCUUUAGACGCUUGCUGCGAAUGGGAGAAGUUAUGCGAGACUGGAACUGGCAGGGCGCGGCUGUGCUUCCGUCCGAUGUUCGAGCAAGCUUGCAAGACUUAUCAAAGACGACCUCUGUUAAACCAAGUGCAAUACGCGCCUUGGAGGUCGCCCUUUGCCUGGCAUAUUGUCGUGCAUUCGUCAAGGUCUUCGAUCGCGCACCCAUACUACCACGGCAAUUCCCCGACCGAGACUUCUUACGGCGCCGAGGACUCCCGCUACCAACGGCUGGUAACUAG